UUCUUCAAAAAUUGUCCUUUUGUUCCAAGAAGAAAAAGUCAUACUUUUUUAAUGACAUGAGGGUGAGUAGAUGACAGAAUUUUCAUUUUUGGGUGAACUAUCCCUUUAAUAUGGGUCUUUGCCAGUGUGAUCUAUUUUAUACAUUACAAAUUACUGUAAUCCUCACUGUAAACCAGAAGACAAAAUUCCAGACUAUGACAGAACAGCAGUAUAUUUUUCUUUCAAAGCAAGUUUUUCUUCAAGUAUUUUGUGUUUGGUUGCACUGAAGCUUUGAGCUUUGAUUUUAUUUGUUGUUGCUCAGUUUAAUCUAAACAACCAUGAGGCCAUGAUUAUUGAGUUACAGAUUUGUAUAUGUUAAUUUGAAAUACUGAAAGUGUCAUUGAAUGUAUGCAAUUUAUUUAUAUAUUUUUUCAGUUAAAAUUUAGUUCUGGAUGGGUGGUGUACAGAUCGGUGCAUAUCCCUUAACAAUGAUGAAUUAUAUAGAUCAGUGUACAGGAUUCAAAUUUCAAAAAAGUGGAUAAAACAUACGCACGCCUCUUUCGUUGGCGGACAGCGCUACGAUAGGCUGAUCCUUACGUCAAUCAUCGUUACACCCAACGUCCAUUGGUUGCUCAGCGCCAUCAUCACCCGCGGAAGUUUGUACACAGAAAAUAGUUGUACUGUCAAUAAUUUUUCAGAUACGCUACCAUUUUUUUUCUUCUUCUCAACUUCUGUCUUUCCGCAUGAAACAUCACCAACGAAGACUAAAGAGAAAAUCAUUUUAAAACGGUUAAAUGUGCGUCGAUGACAUCAAAAAACGUACAUGAACCACAAGCACCUGACAGCUAAUAGUAUUGUGUAGCGCGGGAUUGUUUUGAUUUCAUAUUUUAUAGGUCGUUAGCUUGUCAGUUAGCGAAAAAGGAGCGAAACGCCUAGUUGAGCUGCAGUUUAGCAGCUGUCCCUUCUUUUAUCCGGAAUUUAGCGUCGGAAGGUUUUAACAUUGACAGUCGUGUCUUUUGUUGUUAUUAGCAUGCUAAGCUAGCAGCUGGAAUUCAUUAAUCUGGAUUCACAUCAGAUCAGCAUCGUCCUCCACGAUCAAGUCAUCAUUAUAGUGUCAUUAACUGUCAUCCGCACACGGCGAGGGACUAGGACAACAGUUUGAUCAUGCUGGGAGAGUGUGGCAUGAAAGAAUGGGAGAGACUUGCCCUCAGGAGGAACUCUGUCACUCUGUGUAAGGAGAUGGUGGUGGAUGAUCUGCUGGUCCAGUAUCUGCAUCAAGAUGAAAUCCUCACAGACAGCAUGACCGAGAGCAUUAUGGCUAAGCCGACGUCCCAGGGCAAGAGUCGGCAUUUGUUGGCUCUUUUGCCCAAACGUGGCCCCCGGGCAUUCAGCAGCUUCUGUGCGGCUCUUACAGCGACAGAGCAACUGCACCUCUGCAGAAUGCUCAUGGAGUUCACGGAGAAAGGCAAAAGGUUUUCAGAGACUUCACUUCCUGUCCCAACUCAGGAAUGUGUGAUACCUGCAAAAAGAGCCCGAACUCAUGAGUCUAUGGAGAUGUGUUUGGAUGCAGACUCCCCAGUGACCACAGCUGUACUCCCCUGCACUCAUGAAUUCUAUGAGUCCCACAGAUUUCAGGCUUACGCGAUGCGCUCUAGUCCGCGAGGACUGGCCUUGGUGCUAAGUAACGUGAGGUUUGACUCUGCAAACACUGAUCUGGACAUCCGGAGGGGAGGAGAGGUGGACGAGGAGGUUCUGAGGAGACUCUUCACUGAGUUGGACUUUACAGUCAGUCUGCACAAAGACCUCACAGCAGAGGCAAUGCGCAGGUGCUUGGAACAGUUCGCCCAGCGGCAGGAGCACGCAGAGUAUGACUGCUGUGCUGUGUGUUUUCUGACUCAUGGUGUUGAAGGCUCUAUCUAUGGUACUGACGGACAGCUGCUGGAGUUGGACUGGGUGUUUGAGGUUUUUGAUAAUGCCCGCUGCCCUCUGCUCCAGAACAAGCCAAAGAUGUUCUUCAUUCAGGCCUGUCGAGGAGAGGAGAUGGACAACGGCGUGGACCAGUUGGAUGGACAGGAGCGUACACAGUCCCCAGGCUGUGAACAGAGUGAUGCUGGGCGAGAGGAGGAGAGACUGGACAAAGAGAAGGAGGAGAAAGACAGAGAGAGACUGAGAGUCAAACUUCCCCAGAGAUCAGAUAUGAUUUGCAGCUUUGCCUCCCUCAAAGGUUUCAGCACUGCUGCAAUGAGAAACACCAAGAAAGGGUCCUGGUUUGUUCAGGAACUAAACACAGCCAUCAGACAGAGAGCCAAUGACACACACAUGUCUGACAUACUUGUGCAAGUGAACGGUCGGAUUAAAAGCAGAGAGGGUUACGCUCCUGGUUCAGCACAUCAUCGCUGUAAAGAGAUGUCAGAGUUCACCAGCUCCCUCUGUAAAGACCUCUACCUCUUCCCUAAGUACUACUCCAACAGUUAGACACACAUACUCCACAGGCACAAAGCACACAAAAUACUACCCUCAGAACUGAUGCAGUAGCAGGACUUCAGCGGACACGCUUGUACAUCCAUCAUGCACUAUAAGCUCAGAACACAGACACAUAGUUAUGUAAAUGUAAUUAGACCCAUUCCACGUUUCAUCUGUCUCACAUUCCUCAGCACAAUGGCAGAUUCAUUAGGACAGUUGUGUACAUUAUUUACUGUGUGUUUGCAAAGGUAGAGAAUUUACCGAUUUAAAAAAAAACAAUUAUUAUAACUAUCCGUCUUUUAGUGGAUAAGGUGCAAUCAGAAAAUCUAUUAAGCAUCUGAUCCAGAUAUAUAUAUAUAUAUAUAUAUAUAUAUAUAUAUAUUUCCCCCUUUUCCUUUAGUAAGGAAAGAGUGAAGAUGUCAUUUGGGAGGAUGUGUGAAAAGUGGUAUCAGUUUGUUUUCAUGAUUUUAAACUGGAUUUUAGGGUUAAUAGGCAGAAAAAUUAAAGUCCAAUAAUUUUUAAUCAUCUGCUGUGUAAAUGUUUGCUAUAAGUCACAAUGUGUACUUUCAUCAACUUGGUGCUUUGUAAAAAUCUAUUGGCUUAUAGAUUUAUAUUGACCUUCCUUCUUUGCAUAGAUUUAUUUUUGUCUAUUUGUUUUGAGUUUUAUUUGUACAGUUUUGUCUCGGUUGUUCUUGUACUAUUGGUUCAGUAAUUGUGGACCCUUUAAACCCUAAAGCCAAACUAUAAACCUUUCAAUGACACAUUAUUCGUACUAACAUUGUGCCAGUACCAUAGUAAAGUAAAUGACUCAUUGGCACUGAUAUAACAGAUGCCCUUUUUUCUGGAGAAGAUCUGCCCUUACUUUAUUUUAGGUGUCCUUAAUGCACCUUUACAUGCAUUAUAUCAACUUAAGUACAUUUUAAAUGCAUGCUUUCUUCAUAACAUCAGUUAAUUAAUUCACUUUAAUCAUCCCGUAUGCACCAUGGCAGCUGUUUUGUCUAUACAAUUAAUAGUGCUUCAUGUUUCAAAGUGAAACUAUCUGCUCAACCUUGCUGCUUUGUUUGGCUCACAAUAGAUUCUAAAAGCUAUUUAUCAAACCAUGAAUGCAUGAAUAUGUUGCACAUUAACAUAUCCUAUUGCAUCACUCUACAAAUAUUCGUGUAAUUCCAAAACUUCCAAGAACCAUUUGCAUUCCAGGUAUUUACCCCAAUUUUCCAUGGGGAUUGGGGGGGGGUAUUCGCAAAGUGAAAUGUAUAUAUUCUCAUAACACAUUUUUGGAGUUAUGCUUUUUAUAUAUGCAGCAGUUUUUUUGUUUGUUUUUUUGGCAGAUUUCCCUCACUCUUGCACAUGUCUUUUCUCUUUAAACAUUCAAUGUGCCAGUGAAUGCACAUUUAAUCCAGACUGAAAAUAUGAGUGUUUAUGAUGUCUUAAAACACCUGGAGGUGGCAGUGGAGAGCUAAAGCACUUAACCAGCACACGUUUUGCAAUAUAGAGGUUGCAACGUUUAGACUCACACAGUCUUCCUGUUCUGCACACACAGCAUUAUUCCUCCGGGGAAUGCAGACUGUAAAUUUUUGUGUGCUGUUUUUUCCUCUGUGUGUGUCUUCAUUAUACAGUAGGCAUUUGUGUUAGGUUAAAAGUCACAGCCUUUGACCUUUUGACACUGCUGUGGCAUCCCUUGAACACUUUUACAUUUCACACUUGUUGCCUUUAGCUUGAGUAAUCAUUCAAGACUAAGUAGUGUUUUAUUUUAUUUUUUAUUUUUUUUACUGUUUAGCAGCCAAAAUGUUUUAUUACAAUGUUGAUGCUGAUGUUGCUUUCAAGCUAAUGUUGUUUGGGUAUUAUUUUGAUAUUUUAAUUAAUGAGCUUCUUUGACAUGGGAGAAAAAUAUGGGAUGAGUUGUUCUUAAAUGUUAGCUGGGACAAGGUCUUGUAUAUCAGAAUAAGGGGCUGUUUGUAGAAAACUUCCAAAAAUGUGCUUACCUAAUGCAAACUCUGUGCCAUAAUAUUCUAGAAAUAAUUUGAAAGUAUUUAAACAAAUGACUAGUUAUUUGAUCUGAUGUACUAUACGGUGUUUUCAUUAAUCAUAUUAUUGUUCAAAUAAAAACAAAGGUGGGAAUAGAAAAUAUGUACACUGGAAAAAUGUAUUAAUUUCAACCCCACAGUGUUACUAUACUGUGCUUGGAAUGAGCGACUCAAAGUAGUAUUGGUUUUAUGCGGCAGUCUUCCCAUUGUGAGAACACCAGCACAGUGUAUGUUCUCUAAUCCUGCAUUUAAACAAAAGAAAGGAAGCUUGUGUUAAAAAAUAAAAAAACAACUCCCACAGCUGAAAAAUAAUCUGGAUAAUAAAUGUAUUUUUCUGGCCAUGUUCACCUAGUUUUGAUGUGUUCAGAAUGCUAAUGGUGAAAAGCUAUGUCAUACUGAGCCCUAAAGUUUCUUGUGGUUAAAUGUAAUAGUUAAAUUUAAGUUUUUAAAAUUUCCUUCUUAAAGUGUUAAAACCCACAAUGGAGGUACAUGUUCAGCUGUGUUAUAUAGUGCAGUUUAGUCUCACCCAGCCUGACUACCAGAUGAGUGCCUAGUUAACUUCAUUUGAAAAGAAUAGAAGAGUUUAUUCACUGCCUUUGUCUUCUAACCAACUAUGAAGGUUGCUUAAAUCAACUAUAGGGAAACUGCCAUUUUGUAUUUUUGUAAUGCAAAAGCUGCCAUGAAAUAAAUAUUGUUCUAAAGA